AUGCGUGUAUCCCACUGGCGAGAGGUUGCUGUGUAAUAAUAUUUGAACAGGCUUUUCAUUAAGGCAAACAGUUAGGUCGGUAUACGCGACAACCUCUUCAUUCAAACUUUAAUCGGUUGGUAUCCUCUUUGGGCUUAUAUUCGGGCUAACGGCUAGAGAUAAUCAACAACAGGAUAAUGAAUUUAAUUAUAUGACUAGAAGCGUGACUUAAGGUAACAAAUUCCUAGACAGAAAUUUGACCAACUUCCCCGGAAGCAUCAUUUAAGAGAGUACCACGAACGAACAAUAGCUAACUUCCUUCGAUUCUUGAGCAUCUUGGAAUCACUUUCCAAGAAACUGGAAACUUUCAUAGCUAAGAUGACUCUGACACUCACCUGCAGUGAGCAUGAAGGCCUUGGUGAAGACGAACUUUCUGUUAUUACAAACCUUAGUAUGGUAAACAAGACAACAAUUGCAUCCCAAGUUAUUGCUGCAAGUUUCUCUGCACUCUUCUACUGGCUGAUAUUCUUCCUUGGAAUUCUUGGCGUUUUCUACAAGCCAUGUGCCAAACUAUCUUCGUCCAGAGGUACUUUAUUCAUAUUUUUUGUAGGAGCACUUGUGAUCGUUGUUAAUAUACUUCAAAGUGCAACUAAUACUGAAAAUGACCUGCAGGUCAGACAAUACUACCGGCUUUCCACGAUCCCUCUGAUUGGAAUAAUAUUCAUUCUCAUCGGUGUUAAAAUGUUUUUUCGUGUACCAGACGAUGAAAUUGUCCGUCAAGCGACUCUGGGUCGACACCAGCCUUCCAUGGGUUUGGUAGUUUCUUUAUUAACAGUUCCUCUGAUGGUUAUUGAGAUCGUGCUGCUAUGUGCGUCUCUGAGUAACAGGAAAAUAGACAAGGAUAAGAGGAGCUUGACAAAAAUACCAUGGCUCUUUACUAUCAUAGAUAAGAUUAUUUUCCUUCUUCAGAAGGUUACUCAAGCAGGUGCGUAUCUCUAUCUGCGGAACACUAUCAUACGCCAGGGACGCGAAGAAAAUGUUGAGUUUUAUUUUAGGUUGCUGUCCUUCUUCAACUUCAUCCAAUGGAUAGAUACUCAGGUAAACACAGAGAAUGACAUACACCUAAGCGGAAUCAAGGGAGACCUGGGCAGUUUGUCUGAUGUAUUUACGAGUUUAUACGAAGCACUAAUAAUAGACUAUCGUCUAAUGUGUGCGUUGCUAUUUCUUGAACAUUCGUUCGAGGUUCAAAAUGAAGGCAGCGCGAACAAUUCCACGUAUCAACAACAGGAUAACUUGAGCCAUUCCGGGGCUCAAUAUCAAGUGGACCCAAACGAUUCCAUCGAAGUUGCCAGUCACGGAAGCGCGAGUAAUUCCGCUGAUCAAGAACAAGAUGAUUUGAACCAUUCCAUAGUUCAGGGUCAAGGCGACCGGAGUAAUUCAGAAGAUGCUCGAGUUCAAGCUGUAGAGCCUCGCAACCAAAUAAGAAGAGGCUUUGGAUAUGCGCUUGGUUCUUUAUGUUUGAUCCCCCCUGUACUCUGUGGUCUUCAAGUUGUGAAUACAUUUAAGAUUGGAUCGUGGGUAGCUAUAUUUGCCAUUAUCGUCAACUUCUUUAUUGUUUUCUGCGGUGCCAGUCUCCUUCACCACAACUAUUUGGAUGACGAUGGACAAGCGAAAUCAAAUGGAGUAAAAAUAAUGGUUUGUCUUUUAGGCGCAGUUGGUUUUGUUUGCUGGAUGUUGGAGGCCGCUAUCUUUUCCUUUUGGGCUUCUCCUGAAUCAGAAGUCCCGCUCCACCGAUCAUGCAUUCUUUGGGAAGCCUUAAAAUAUUUCGUGCGCAGUUUAACGACGGCAUUUCUCAUUUUCUUAUUCAUAAAUAUAGACGCCCGCACUUUUUCAUACCAGACGAGCAGCAAAAAUCACUUUCUUGUACCUGCUGUGAUGUUGGGAGUUUUCUCUAUGUUCGGCGAGGGCUUGAUUGAUCAGAAAGUUGGACCACUGGAUCAACUCCUAAGGAGUACAAUCAAGAAUGACAGCCUGAGAAUUCUGAUUGAGGCAGGUCCGCCACUGUACCUUGGGUUCCUUAUUCACGUGUUUCUCUAUUUCAUAAUUAUAGCAGGUCCAGAUAACAGGGAUAACGUAGCGAUACAUCGGGAAACAAGAGAGCAUUAGCCUCUCUUGACCAGCUCAUCCAACCUUCCCGUUGACGAUAAUCCUGAUGGCGCUCACUAAUAUGGCUUUAAAUGCUUCCGUAUUACGACCAUCCUGGUAGCACAUCAAAUAAGCGGUCAUCUUAGUUUAUGGGGCAUUAGCAACAUGAAGUUCGUCUUGUUAUCAAAAGCAAUGGUUAUGUUCAUGUUACCUUUCUUGGGAGGUCGUAGAAAUGAUUUUAAAUGGACAGCAGAAUAGGUAAUACUAGAUGAGGUAGGAGAUCGAACAAGUAACUCUAUUGAGUUUUUGCAGUAGCGAGAGAUUCUGGCAGCGACAUUUCUUUUUUUAGUCGUUACAAAAGCUUCUGUAAAGGUAUACUUAUCAUACAACACAGACUGGUAAAAUAAGCUCAUUAAGUACAUAUUUCAACUAUUACAUAUUGCAAGUAUUAUCUCUUUGGAGAUAACAAGCAAGUGAGGAACUACAUUCCAAAAAAAAGUGAAAAAAAGGGAGUGAACGUAGAUAGUAGGUUUUCGUUAUAAGGUACAUAAGGAACUACUUAGAAAAGAGAUUUCCAAAUCUUGCUAUAGCGAGCAUUCCACUAGUAAUACGCAGCGACAACAUCGACAUGCAAACCGAUUUUAAUGGAAAACUACUUUUAAAACCUAAGAUUGAAAACAGAAUUCAAGAAAUACAUAUUGUGCGAAACGAGAAACAGGAACCAAGGACAGUGGCUUGUGGUUCCACAGGUAGUUACAAUUUCCAGACAUGAGCAAACAUAGUCAUAUUGAUGCAAGUUGACCAAUAUUUCUUGACUUAACUUCCUCUUCAAAAAGAUAGAAAAUUUUAAUUAAUUCUAUAACUGGCCAUGGACUCAUUGUUAUUCUGUAUUCAACUUGCAUUCACUCUCGCGGUUCUGCAUGGUCAUAUUUCAUAAAUUGUGCAGUUUAUGCAAUGUUAUCGGCUCUCCCAUUCUACGUUGCAAGGUUCCC